AUGGCCUCGGCUCUGUACGCCUGCACCAAGUGUCACCAGCGGUACCCGUUCGAGGAACUUUCCCAGGGCCAGCAGCUGUGUAAGGAGUGCCGAAUUGCUCAUCCAAUUGUAAAAUGCACCUACUGUCGAUCAGAGUUUCAACAAGAAAGUAAAACCAACACUAUAUGCAAGAAAUGUGCGCAAAAUGUUAAGCAGUUUGGAACGCCCAAACCUUGUCAGUACUGUAACAUCAUAGCAGCAUUUAUUGGCACAAAGUGCCAGCGUUGUACCAACUCAGAGAAGAAAUAUGGACCUCCGCAGACCUGUGAGCAAUGCAAGCAGCAAUGUGCUUUUGAUCGGAAGGAGGAAGGGAGAAGAAAGGUUGAUGGGAAGCUCCUCUGUUGGCUUUGCACGCUGUCCUACAAGAGAGUUCUUCAGAAGACUAAGGAGCAGCGUAAAAGUUUGGGCUCCACCCAUUCCAACUCCUCCACCUCUUCCCUUACUGAGAAAGACCAAUCUAAACAUCACCAUCAUCAUCACCACCACCAUCAUCACCGGCACAGUGGCAGCCACCACAAAGUUAGCAGUCUAAGCCCGGAAUCAGAGCAGGGAAUUUGGAAACAAAGUCAUAAAUCCACUACAGCAAUUCAGAAUGAAACUCCAAAGAAAAAGCCCAAAUUGGAAUCAAAGCCAUCUAACGGAGACAGUAGUUCAAUCACUCAGUCGACUGACAGUGGUGGUACAGACAACUUUGUCCUAAUCAGCCAACUGAAAGAGGAAGUCAUGUCUCUGAAACGUCUCUUGCAACAAAGAGACCAAACCAUUCUGGAGAAGGAUAAAAAGUUGACUGAACUGAAAGCAGACUUCCAGUACCAAGAGAAUAACUUGAGGACAAAGAUGAAUGGCAUGGAGAAGGCUCACAAGGAAUCGGUUGAGCAGUUGCAGGGCAAAAACCGGGAAUUACUGAAACAAGUCGCAGCUCUGUCAAAGGGUAAAAAAUUUGAUAAAAGUGGCAGCAUCCUGACAUCCCCCUGA